CUAUGUUUGCAAUUUGGGUACAUGCAAGCAGCAGAUUCCACACAAAAAAAUGCCGCCGUGGGUAUUUAGUAACUCAAACGACACCGGCUGUAAUAUCACAGAUGAACAUAGAUGGUGUCUCUGGAGUCGUUUACGGGGUUAUUUAAUUUUAGGUAGAAACGCUAUUAAAGAAGCAAAGGGGCGCUAAAUAAGUUUGUAUCGAAUGUGCGGCUGGCGUCAGAGGAGGGUUAGCCUAGCGGUGUAUUGUGGGAGAGACAGAAGCUACAGACCAGAGGCACACAAUAUGUGUUGGCUCUCGCCGAAAAGGAGGCAGUAUUCUUCAAGCUAAAUCAUGUAAUGUAAGCGGCGAAAGGAAAGCGAUUACGUCUUUUCAUCUAAUAAAGAAAAAUAACUUAAUAGGACGAACCAUGUCCAAGCCAGGGGAGAGAAACAGAUUGAACGAAGACCAUGGCAGAAAGCAGAGUUCAAGUUUGUCGAACGGCAUGGACAGUCAUCCCGUCUGCGGCUCUGGGGAGAAGCGGAGUCACCAUUGGAGAAGUUACAAGUUGAUCAUCGACCCGGCGCUUAAGAAAGGCUCGCACAAACUCUACCGCUACGAUGGACAGACUUUCAGCAUGCCCAACCCCGGGAUACCUCCGGUGGACACCGUACGGGACCCGAGGAUCGGCCGCCUUUGGACCAAGUACAAAGAAACGGAUCUACCGGUGCCCAAAUUUAAGAUCGAUGACUGUUACAUCGGCCCUGUGCCUCCAAAGGAGGUGACAUUCGCACGACUCAACGACAACAUAAGGGAAGGAUUUCUUAUGGACAUGUGUAAAAAAUUUGGAGAAAUCGAGGAGGUUGAGAUUCUGUACAAUCCUAAGAACAAAAAGCACUUGGGAAUUGCCAAAGUAGUUUUUGAAACCGUGAAAGCCGCCAAGGUGGCUGUGCAGUCACUUCACAACACAUCAGUGAUGGGAAACAUCAUCCACGUGGAGCUGGACCCCAAAGGUGAGAAUCGCCUCAGGUACUUCCAACUCCUGAUGAACGGCAGCUACACCCCACGGACCCUGCCUGUUGGUGGAGAGGAGACCAGAGAAGUGUCCCCUCGUACUUUAGCUGAAGCCUUGCUGGCCUGUGAGCCCAUCCGGAGGCUGUCAGAGAGUGGUGUGUCGGCGGUUGGUGGGCCCUUACCCCCCAGCAGCUCCAGUACUCCUCUGUCCCUGGAGACGGGCUACUCCAGUUUAAGGCAGGACACACCCCAGUCCCAGGGAACCCCCCACACCCCCCGCCAGUCAGGGACACCCUUCUCUCAAGACUCUGGUUACUCCGGCCGCCAGAUGACGCCGGCGUACCAGUCCGCUCGGCCCGAAACCUCUGGAGGAUACAAGUCCCGCAGACAUGAGAGUAAGUUUCAGGAUGCGUACAAUCGCAGACCAGAGCGACCUCAGUACCGCAGCAGCAUGUACCGCGGUACUGCGUCGGAACAGGCCUCCUUCAAACAGCAUCAGCUCACCCCACCAGAGCCCCCGCCCUCCACGCCCUCUUUCCCUUACACAGCGCCGACUCCUGCCACGCCAACUUUUAAAUCUGCCUUUUCACCAUACCAGGCCCCUGUGCCCCCUGCCUUCCCCCCCUCAGAACCAGCCUUCCAUCACCCGCCCCAAAGGGAGGGCGAGUACCUCCGGCCGCCACAACCCCCUCUGGCAGCUCCCACCGAUUUCCUACCAGUCAAGGACAGACCAGAGACUCCGCCGAUCCCCGAGCCCCCCCCAGAACCCUUACCCCAUCCGACCACCCCCCCUCCCCAAACCCCUGAGCAGUGCCCCUCGCCGGGCUCCCCCACCCUGGAUUCGGAGCGCAACAGCCUGGAUUCUCGCAUUGAAAUGCUCCUCAAGGAGAAAAGGACGAAGCUUCCUUUCCUGGCGGAGCGAGACUCUGACACCGAUGUGCGAAUGGAGGGAAGUCCCAUCUCCUCCUCAUCCUCGCAGUUAUCCCCCAUUCCCCCCUACUCGGGUGGAGCUCCAGGGGGACAGAAGAGUUCCCGUCCGUCCAGCACAGGCCUGGAGGACAUCAGUCCAACGCCACUGCCAGACUCUGAGGACGAUGAGCCCAUUCCUUCUACUGCCCCACUCAUCAAGAGGAUGGGUUCGCCCGUCUACGAGAAGAAGAGCAAUAGCGACCUCAAAGAUGGACAUUAUCGAAGCCACACCCCCACAGAUAAAAUGGACACGGCUCAUCAGUCAUCAGGAGAAGACAUGGAGAUCUCAGACGAUGAGAUGCCGGGGACGCCCAUCAGCGGAGCCGAGUGUGGAAAAGGCAUCGUUGUAAACUCUGCAGUGUCUCCGAUGCAGACCAUUUCCAUCCUUCCGCACGGAUUUGCCCCUCUACCCCACCAGGCUGGAUUUGCAAUGUCACACCACCACCUCCCUCCCCACUCUGCCGUCCCGGGGCAUCACAUGGCCGGUCAUCACGGAGUACACCCACAUAUGCUGCCACAUUUAAGUCACUACACCCACAGCAUGAUGCCGCUGGUGCAGAUGGAGCUGAUGAACUGUUUACGGUGGGAACAGUGGAGCACGGUGCCCAUGUCCUUCCAGAUGCAGCAGCAGAUGUUGAGUCGCAUGGCUCAGACUUAUCCUUAUCCACAUUUUAUGGACAGCAGUGCAUCUGGGCCUUUUGGGGGGCCCUACCAACCUUUGUCAAUGGGCACAUCUACAGGUGGUGCAGGAGCACCUGGACAACAGUGGCAGCACCAGAACGUACCAAAGUUCAACCCCACUGUUCCUCCACCGGGAUACGAGUCCAAGAAGGAGGAUCCUCACAAGGCGACGGUGGACGGUGUCCUGCUGGUCAUUGUCAAAGAGCUGAAGGCCAUCAUGAAGAGGGACCUUAACCGCAAGAUGGUGGAGGUGGUGGCGUUCAGGGCCUUUGACGACUGGUGGGAAAAGAAAGAGCGCUUAGCCAAGGCGUCUUUGACUCCAGUAAAGGGUGGGGAGGGGAAAGAGGAAGAAAGACCCAAACCCAAAGAAACUAUGGGUUCAAGUCUGUUGGAGAACUGGAAUAAGGGGGAUGGACUGGGCUACGAGGGAAUGGGUUUGGGCAUCGGUCUGCGGGGAGCAAUCCGUUUACCCUCCUUUAAGGUGAAAAGGAAAGGCCCUCCUGAAACAGCAGCAUCAGGGGACAACAAACGAGCCAGGCCUUCCACUCCAGUCGAUGACGAGUUGGAGGAUGAAGACCGGGAUCGAGACCGAGCUGAACUACCAACAGAUAGUUCUAAAAUGGACGGUGAUGGUACGUCAGCCAAACGGCGACACUCCCGGCCCCUGGAACUGGACAGUGAAGGAGAGGAGGAGGUGGACACAUCAGGGAAGGAGGAGGAGUCGCUGUCGGACAAAGAAGGAGAAGAACGCCAGCAGAUAGAGGCUGUAGAGAGGCCGUCAUCUGAUAAAGAGAGUGUAGAUGACAGUGAUGAGGACAACGACAGAGACUCAUCCAGUGUCAGUGCAUCGUCAGAUUCGUCUGAUGAAGAAGCAGAAAGUUCAGAUUCUUCCAAGGUGAGCUCCGACUCCUCAGCCCAAAGCGAGGACUCCUCUGAAUAUGAGUUAAGCUCAGAAGAGGAUGAGGAUGAGGAGGAGGAGGAAGAUGAGAAGGAAACAGAGGAGGUGGAGGAUGACAGCAAAGGGGCAGUGACCUCCUCAUCUUCAUCUCCUUCCUCAUCUUCAUCUUCUGAUGAAAAUGAGGAGGGUGAGACAGAGACCAAAGAGGCCCCGAGUCCUCCUGCAGGACCAGUGGAAAUCCAGGAGGAACCGAGUAGAGACGAUCUGAAAAACAAGUCCAGACCUAGAAGUCGAAGUCCUGAAGACACAAAACCAGCAUCACCGAAAGUUAAAGACCGAGAUCUCAGCAUUGACGGUCCCAUUCCAGCUGCAUCUGAACCUCGUGAGCCUGUUUCUAACCUUCGACCGCCCACGCCAACAGGUGGCGUCGCUGAUGGUGACCACGAGACGACAGUCAAGGGUAAACCCGAGCCUCAGGAAGUAACCUGUCCCCCCCCUCGAUUAACCACCCCCCACUCAAACACACCUGCUCCCAAAUCCAGCUUGGCGUCUUUAACGCACCUCCCUCUUCCUCCUCACCUGGCAGUAGAAGGUCGUUCCCUCCUCCAUUCCCCCCCUGGCUCCCUACCUGAACUCCCCCCACGGCCUCGGCUGCCCACAGACGAGGAUGUCCCCCGUACACCGGGCAGGGACCUGAUGGACCGGGCCCAGAGUCUGGGGAAGUCCCAGAGCACCGACACGGUGCCCGUCACCCCGGGCAGCGACGCCCCACUGACGGGCUCCAGUCUGUUACUGAGCUCCCCUCACGUUCCUGGAAGCCCCUUUUCCUACCCUGCCCAGUCCCCCAUCCUGAGUGGGGGUGUGCCCCGUACCCCAGGCAGAGACUUAACCUUCACCCCUGUUUUCCCCGACCCCACAGCGGCAGGAGUGACCAGGAAGCCCUCCGCCGAUGCCCUGAACGAUCGGCCAGUGUUCAAGGAGCCGCCCACCAGUGCCUUGACGACCCCGGUCCCGUCGUCCGGCGCCGACCACGCUGCCGGAAUCCCCGAACACCCAACCUCUGACCUCCAGGUCGACGCCCCAGUGCCCGCCGACUCUACACCAACAAAGAAGAAGGCGGGACGACCCAAAGCCAAGAAGGGUCCAGCCGUGUCUGAAGCCGAGGAGCUUUUGGAGGCGUCAUCAGAGUCAGCGACACUGCCUCACGAAGCCGGUUUCGACCUGUCUCUGCAGGUGAGGCCCGCGACGUCCCCUGACCACCCGAGUCUGGACUUCAGAGAACCCCCCGCAGAGCCUCAGACCGUCCUCCCCCCAGCCGACACCUUCCUGCCCUUCGAAGACGACCAACCUGUGGCUGUGAAGCCGGUGCGGAGGACUCGCCGAGGCUGGGAGGAGCUUCUGCUGGGCAGUCUGUCUCCUGUGACCACGCCCCCCCGGCCAUACUUCAGCCCGCGCUCAGACUUUGAGGAAAUGACCAUUCUGUAUGAUAUCUGGAACGAGGGCAUAGACGAGGAGGACAUCCGGCUGCUGCAGAUCACAUACGACAAGAUGCUUCAGCAGGACAACGGCAACGACUGGCUCAACGACACACUGUGGGUCAACCACCCUCCAACCAAUGUCCCUGGAGUAAAGAAGAGAGAAAAGAGAAGAGACGACGGCAUGAGGGAUCACAUGACUGGAUGUGCACGAAGCGAAGGAUAUUAUAAAAUCGACAAGAAGGACAAGAUUAAAUACCUUCAGAGCACUCGGUUACAGUCUGAGGAGCCGCCGCUUGAUACACAGGGUAUGAGUAUUCCUGCUCAGGUCCCCGCCUCCACCAGAGCCGGGUCCGAACGGCGCUCAGAACAGCGCCGACUACUGUCGUCCUUUGCAUGUGACAGCGACCUGCUCAAGUUCAACCAGCUCAAGUUCCGUAAAAAGAAGAUCCGGUUCUGUAAAUCCCACAUCCACGACUGGGGUUUGUUUGCCCUGGAGCCGAUCGCAGCUGAUGAGAUGGUCAUCGAGUACGUCGGACAGAACAUCCGACAGGUGAUUGCUGACAUGCGUGAGAAACGCUACGAAGAGGAGGGAAUCGGUAGCAGUUACAUGUUCCGUGUUGACCAUGACACCAUCAUAGACGCCACCAAAUGUGGCAACUUUGCCCGUUUCAUCAACCACAGCUGUAACCCCAACUGUUAUGCAAAAGUCAUCACAGUGGAAUCCCAAAAGAAGAUUGUGAUCUACUCAAGACAACCCAUCAACGUCAACGAGGAGAUCACGUAUGAUUAUAAGUUCCCCAUUGAGGAUGAGAAGAUCCCCUGUUUAUGCGGAGCAGAGAACUGUAGGGGAACGUUGAAUUAAGACUAUGUAGAGUAACGUCCCUGUCCCUGAAGUCUGGACCGUCUGCAGGCGUGCACGGAUUCCACGAUAAAACACCAGAAAUGACCUGGACGUCUUUAAUGACGGUGAACGCAGACGUCGACAGGAUGGAGUUCAGAUACAUGUGCGGCAUUUUUCACAUAUUGAACUCUAGAUUGUUUACGAUUUAUGGUGCUCUCGAAAUGAAAAAGCCUAGUUUUUUACGUCUGCCAGUGACAGACUUGACUUGCUGGUGCAGUGUUUCAUGGCUGUGGUCAGUGUCGUACAGUAUUUCAUCACGGUUCCUUCCACGUAUCGUCCUGGUUUGUGCACAUUUGCGUUUCUCUCAGUUCGUCUCAUAAGCUUUACCUCCACCACAGGUACAAAACCAACACAUACUCACAUGUUUUAGCUGCUUUUUCUAACACUGCUGAGACGCACAAACUCACCAGGAAAACGACUCUGUUUGGGAGAAGGCGUGAUCUGCGUCCCAAAACGCUAAAAAACGCCGAAAAAACAUCAAAACCAUGGCCCGGUUGGCGCCAAGGACUGAAAUCCUGCUCUCUUUCCCCUACCUCUGCACCAUUUUCCUGGAAAUGAUAGAAAUCAUACUGAUUAAGCGACAAAAAAUUCAACUCCUGCCACUAAUCUGGAAUAUGUGAUUACCUUUGACCAGCCAACAGUGGAUCAUGCUGCUUCCUCUUAGUUUAUGCAAAGUUAAAAGACGUGCAACAAUUUGUAUUAAUCAUAUUCCAGUGUUUUUCAGUUUGGUUUAGUUUCUUGCUUGUUUCUUCAACGACACUAUAUUUGUGAGUGAAUGAGUAUGUAUCAGCCUUUGUUGGUGUCUGUGAAUAUAAGCACAUCGCCCCCUGCAGGCCGCCGUGCAGAAGGCCAACCAAUUAUUUAGAGCAAGAAAAUGAACAUUUAAUCAGUUCCCGUCUACAUUCACCCGUCAGAAUCAGACAAUAUUUGCAAUCCAGGUUUAUUCCAGAUCUCCAGUUUCUGUAGAAUUGGAACAAGACCAUGAAUUCUUAGUCAUUUUAAGUGCCAUAUGGAUCUGUAACUGUCUUCGUUUAAGUCUGUUUUGGGGGCUGUGCGGAGGUCCUGUUGGUCCUGUAUUCACUUUAUUUUCCUCUUCACUGCUCCACUUCGUCGUUUUCAUCCACCAGUGUUUGUUUCCUGUGUCUCCUCAUCUUAGGCUGCACACUUCUGUCAUUCUUUCAAGCUUAAGAUGAUUUUUUUUUUUUUAAUUGCUUAUGCACUUGCGAGGCUUUCUCCUUCACAUCCUGUCUCGCCACUCAGUCACCCCCAUAAACCUACCUAACCCCCCCCCCCAACAGACCAAGUCGUUGCUCUUCAUUCAGUUGGUUUGAAUAUGGAGAUUUUCUUGUUUUUUUGUGUUUAUAUUGUAAAUGAUAACUUGUACAGAAGAUCUAAAGGUUUUUAUCUUCAGAGGUUAGUACUUUUAAGAUGUAUCAUUCUCUUUUUUUAACAAAAGACUGAGUAUUUAAAAUAUUUUCAGGGAUAUGUGAAAGGAAGGUCUGAGGGUUUAAAGAGUAGUCUAUUUAAAGCUAAAGGUCCACUGUGUACAGGAAAAGUCUCCACCUCCCUUUGUAAGAUUGUUUCUUGUAGAAACGUCUUCAUUUUCUGCCCAUCUGCUUUACAAUCCUAAAGAGUGUAAAUAGUCCAACUGUGAAUACGAUACAGAUGCUACAUGAAAACAGCUCAGCGGAGACGAUCUAUGGAACAUGAUGUGCUGAGAGUUGAGCUGGUAGCAGCAGAUUCAGCUUGUGUCAAGCUUUGUGUUUUGUAUUUUCUGUUGUAAAUUCUAUGAAAAGUUGUUUGCCGUGUGGAAAAAAAAGCAAAAAGGUGAGGAAUGGGCAUGAGAGGAGGACUGGACCCUCGGCCCAUUUCUCAUGUCUAUUUAUUACACAACAAAUGUAUGAAUGGAAGAAUGGAAAUAAAGCAAUUUUGCAUACAUCUAUAAA